AUGGCGUUUACAGGGACAUUAGACAAAUGCAAAGCGUGUGACAAGACGGUUUACGUUAUGGAUUUGAUGACAUUGGAAGGAAUGCCUUAUCAUAAGUCAUGCUUCAGGUGCAGCCAUUGCAAUCACACUCUCGUGAUAAGCAACUACUCAUCCAUGGAUGGAGUUUUGUAUUGCAAGACUCACUUUGAACAGCUCUUUAAAGAAUCUGGAAAUUUCAGCAAGAAUUUUCAGACAGCAGGAAAGACCGAGAAAUCGAAUGAAAUGACGAGGGCUCCAAGCAAGUUAUCUUCGUUCUUUAGCGGAACACAAGACAAAUGUGCAGCUUGUAAGAAAACUGUUUAUCCACUAGAGAAGAUGACAAUGGAAGGAGAAUCUUACCACAAGACUUGCUUUAGAUGUGCACAUAGUGGUUGUCCAUUAACACAUUCUUCAUAUGCUGCUCUCAAUGGCAUUCUUUAUUGUAAGGUCCAUUUCAAUCAGCUUUUCCUCGAGAAAGGUAACUACAAUCAUGUCCUACAAGCCGCUGCUAAUAAUCGACGCACGCCCGAGGAAGAGAAAAUCGAAAGCAACGAAAAUGAAGCAAAGACUACAGAAGAAGAAGCUUCUCAUGCAGGCCAUGAAGCAGGUGAAGAACACGAGUCUUAA